ACGUGAUUCUAAAUCUACAUCAAACAGAGAAGAAAAUAUUUAAACAUAACAAUGCCGAUAGGCUACGAUACGAGGUGAUAUGUGUUAUCGUCAGGAGGUCGCGUGACACGGGUUUUACUGUCACAGUAUAUACGUAUAUAUAAAAAGUGGUAUUCUGUUCUUGUGGAUCUUUACAGUUUUUUCUUCGUUGUUAAUAGUGAUAUGUAUUCUGGAUAUGUGAAGGGAUAUAACAAAAUUGUGUUUUCUGUCCUGAUAACAUUGAUUUAUCUGGAAACAUGUGAAGGUUUCGACCCCGUCUGGACCACGCCGUCCACCUCGACGACCAUCUCCAUCAGUGAGAACACGGCCACAGCUGUCUCAGUCUACCAGCUCACGGCUACUGACGCGGAUGGCGACACCAUUACAUACUCCUUGUCGAGUGGUUCUGGUUUCAGCGUCAUCGGUGACGUAGUGUACACCAACACAGCGUAUGAUUACGAGACAACGACGUCAUACCCAUUACAGUUCAGUGCGACUGAUGGAGUUACUCCUGUAACAAGUCCUACAUUGACUGUAUCAAUAACGGACUACAAUGAUAACACACCAACAUUCAGUCCCGCCAUCUACUCCAAAACCAUCCCGGAGGGAUCCGCCUCAGGGACGUCCAUUGCGGCCCUGACCUGUACCGAUGCUGACAGUGGUACUAACGGUGAUUGCGGACUCAGUAUACAAAGUGGCGACGACGGCUCAGCCAAGUUUACUAUUUCCGGAACAACUCUACAAACAACCGGAACUGCGACUGACUACGAAUCACUCUCGUCACAGAACUACAUAUAUAGCCUAGUCGUCAUAGCAACCGAUACCGCCACUGCCGGGUCAGAUCUAACAGGGACAGCUUAUGUUUACGUCACUAUUACGGGUACGAAUGACAACACACCGGCGAUAUCGGGUACAACACCCUCAACCAUAUCGGUUGCCGAGAACAGUGCCGUGGGUACUACUGUAGCAACUAUACAGGCGACGGACGCUGAUGAUGGCGACGACGGAGUCCUCACCUACAGCAUCAUAGGUGGAAAUUCUGAGGCAAGGUUCGGCGUAGGGAUAACCACAGGAGAGAUCUAUUUGACGCUGGCCCUGGACUACGAGACGACCACGUCGUACUCUCUAACUGUACAGGCGACCGACGGCGGCUCACCAACAGACAGUGCCACGUCAGUUGUCACAGUAACCGUCACCGAUGUCAAUGACAACACCCCGGCCUGUCCAUCCUCAACCUACACAUACAGUGUGGCAGAAACAUCAGCAUCUGGGACCACCGUGACCACACUUGCUUGUACUGAUGCCGAUGGAGAUUCUAUAACCUACUCAAUAACGUCCGGUAACUCCGAGAGUUGUUUCAGUAUGUCAGCUGCCGCCUUGACCACUGCUUGUACUCUGGACUAUGACACCGGAAGUCAGUCAUACACUCUUGCCAUCGAUGCCAGUGACGGGACCACAUCUUCAUCCGUUACCGUGUACAUUAGUCUCACUGCUGAAAACGACAAUAAUCCCGCAUUUGCCUCCAACCCUACCGCCAGUCUUUCGGAGAGUUCGAGUGUUGGAACAGCCGUUACAACAUAUGCUGCUGCAGACAGUGAUGCUUCCCCUCACGACAUUGUGUCGUACUCCAUUACUGCAGUUACAAACAGUGGGUCCAGUCUAUUCGCUGUUGACUCGACCUCAGGCAGUAUUACCCUGGCCAGUUCUUUGGACUAUGAGACCACCACCAGUUACGUCAUCACAGUGGAAGCUGUGGAUGGUGGAGGGACAACGGCAACUGGUUCUGUCACGGUUUCGGUGACCGACGUCAACGAUAACUCCCCGAUAUUUUCUCCAUCAGCCUACAUAGUCGAAAUAGCGGAGAGCACAUCAGCUUCAGCUGUGGUUGUGACCACGACAUGCGCAGAUGCUGACACUGGAGAUACUGUCACCUAUUCCAUUGCAAGCGGAAAUUCUGGAAGUAAAUUUGCCGUUUCUGGAACAGGAGUAAUAAGUCUUGCAGCAACCAUCGACUACGACACUGAGACAACGUUUUACACACUCACGGUAGAAGCCACAGACAGCUCCACCACGGCCACCGCUACAGUUAAGAUAACAGUGACCGGUACAAACGAGGGGACGCCAACCUUCGCCUCCAACCCGACUGUUUCCCUGGCCGAAAGCUCCAGUGUCAGUACCGCAGUGACAACCUACGCCGCCACAGAUACGGAUGCCUCUCCUCACGACAUCACAACGUACGCCAUAACAGCAGUUUCCAACUCGGGUAGUGCCUAUUUCAACAUUGAUGCAACCACUGGUAGCAUAACAUUGGCCAAAACUAUGGACUACGAUACCACAACGAGCUACGAGAUCACGGUGACGGCUACUGACGGAGGAGGACUUGUGGGAACCGGGACAGUUACCCUGUCGGUAACAAACGUCAACGACAACACUCCGGCGUGUCCUUCAUCUUCCUAUACAUUCACGUUGGCGGAAACAUCAGCAUCGGGGACUACAGUGACAACACUUGCCUGUACAGAUGGCGAUACAGGGGCCAGUCUGGCCUACACAAUAACAUCCGGGAACGGCGACUCAUGCUUUAGUCUUGGAAGUGCAACGGGAAUAUUAAUAACAUCAUGUACCCUGGAUUACGACACCGGAAGUCAGUCGUACAGUCUUGCUGUAGAAGUCAGUGACGGAACCCUGUCCAGUACAGCUACCGUAGACGUCGUUCUGACUGCUGAAAACGACAACAAUCCAACAUUUGCGUCUAAUCCUACCGUCAGCCUCGCGGAAAGUACAAGUGUUGGAACAGCCGUUACGACGUACACCGCCUCAGAUGAUGACUUAUCGCCACACGACGUAGUUUCGUACGCAAUUUCAGCAGUUACUAACAGUGGAACCAGUGUCUUCUCUAUCGACUCGACGUCGGGCAGUAUAACGUUAUCCAGCUCAUUGGACUACGAGACUACCACGAGCUACGUCAUCACAGUGGUGGCUACAGAUGGUGGAGGGACAACGGUAACAGGUUCCGUCACGGUUUCGGUGACUGACGUCAACGAUAACUCACCGAUAUUCUCUCCGUCAGCCUACACAGUCGAAAUAGCGGAGAGUACAUCAGCUUCUGCGACGGUGGUGACCACGACAUGCGCAGAUGCUGACGCCGCUGACACUAUCACCUAUUCCAUUGCGAGCGGAAAUUCUGCCAGCAAAUUUGCCGUUUCUGGAACAGGGGAGGUAACCCUGGCUGCGACCAUCGACUACGACACGGAGACGACGUUUUAUACACUCACCGUAGAAGCCACAGACUCCACAACCACGGCCACCGCUACAGUUAAGAUAACAGUCACCGGUACAAACGAGGGGACGCCAACCUUCGCCUCCAACCCGACUGUUUCCCUGGCCGAGAGCUCCAGUGUCAGUACCGCAGUGACAACCUACGCCGCCACAGAUACGGACGCCUCUCCUCACGACAUCACUACGUACGCCAUAACAGCAGUUUCCAACUCGGGUAGUGCCUAUUUCAACAUUGAUGCUAAUACUGGUAGUAUAACGCUGGCACAAACUCUGGACUACGAUACCACAACGAGUUACGAGAUCACGGUGACGGCUACUGACGGAGGAGGACUUGUCGGUACCGGGACAGUCACCCUGUCAGUGACAAACGUCAACGACAACACUCCGGCGUGUCCUUCAUCUUCAUAUACAUUCACAUUGGCGGAAACAUCGGCGUCGGGUACGACAGUGACAACACUAGCCUGUACCGAUGGUGAUACGGGGGCAAGCCUGGCCUACACAAUUACAUCCGGGAACGGCGACUCGUGCUUCAGUAUGGCAAGUGCAACAGGAAUAUUGACAACAUCAUGUACCCUGGAUUACGACACCGGAAGUCAGUCUUACAGUCUGGCUGUAGAAGUCAGCGACGGAACCCUGUCCAGUACAGCUACCGUAGAUGUCGUCCUGACUGCUGAAAAUGACAACAAUCCAACAUUUGCGUCUAAUCCUACCGUCAGCCUCGCGGAAAGUACAAGUGUUGGAACAGCCGUUACGACGUACACCGCUUCAGAUAGUGACUUAUCACCUCACGACGUUGCCUCGUACGCCAUUUCAGCAGUGACCAACAGUGGAACCAGUGUAUUCUCUAUCGACUCGACGUCGGGCAGUAUAACAUUAUCCAGCUCAUUUGACUACGAGACUACCACGAGCUACGUCAUAACAGUGGUGGCUACAGAUGGCGGAGGGACAACGGUAACAGGUUCCGUCACGGUUUCGGUGACCGACGUCAACGAUAACUCCCCGAUAUUUUCUCCAUCAGCCUACACCGUAGAAAUAGCGGAGAGUACUUCAGCUUCUGCUACGGUUGUGACAACGACAUGUGCUGAUGCUGACGCUGCGGACACUGUCACAUAUUCCAUUGCAAGUGGAAAUUCUGGCGGAAAAUUUGCUGUUUCUGGAACAGGGGAGAUAACCCUAGCUGCAACCAUCGACUACGACACGGAGACAACGUUUUACACACUCACCGUAGAAGCCACAGACUCCACCACCACGGCCACCGCUACAGUUAAGAUUACAGUCACCGGUACAAACGAGGGGACGCCAACCUUCGCCUCCAACCCGACUGUUUCCCUGGCCGAGAGCUCCAGUGUCAGUACCGCAGUGACGACAUACGCCGCCACAGAUACGGAUGCCUCUCCUCACGACAUCACUACGUACGCCAUAACAGCAGUUACCAACUCGGGUAGUGCUUAUUUCAACAUUGAUGCAACCACUGGUAGCAUAACAUUGGCCAAAACCCUGGACUACGAUACCACAACGAGUUACGAGAUCACGGUGACGACUACUGACGGAGGAGGACUUGUCGGUACCGGGACAGUCACCCUGUCAGUGACAAACGUCAACGACAACACCCCGGCGUGUCCUUCAUCUUCAUAUACAUUCACAUUGGCGGAAACAUCAGCGUCGGGUACUACAGUGACAACUCUGGCUUGUUCGGAUGGUGACACGGGAGCCAGUUUAGCAUACACGAUUAGUUCCGGAAAUGCUGAUGCCUGUUUCAGUCUUGGAAGUGCGACGGGGAUAUUGACAACAGCCUGCACCCUGGAUUACGACACCGGAAGUCAGUCGUAUAGUCUGGCUGUAGAAGUCAGUGACGGAACCCUGUCCAGUACAGCUACCGUAGACGUCGUCCUGACUGCUGAAAAUGACAACAAUCCAACAUUUGCGUCUAAUCCUACCGUCAGCCUCGCGGAAAGUACAAGUGUUGGAACAGCCGUUACGACGUACGCCGCCUCAGAUAGUGACUUAUCACCGCAUGAAAUUGCAUCGUACACAAUCACGACAGUUACCAAUAGUGGUAGUACUGUAUUCUCCAUCGAUUCGACGUCGGGAAGUAUAACCUUAUCCAGUUCGUUAGACUACGAGACUACCACGAGCUACGUCAUAACAGUGGUGGCUACGGACGGGGGAGGGACAACGGUCACCGGAUCUGUUACAGUUUCUGUCACAGACGUCAACGAUAACUCACCGAUAUUCUCCCCAUCAGCAUACGAUGUGGAAAUGGCGGAGAGUACAUCAGCUGCAGCAACGGUUGUGACCAUGACAUGCGCAGAUGCCGAUACAGGUGACACUGUAUCCUACUCAAUCGUCAGUGGGAACUCUGGUGGAAAGUUUGCUGUGUCGGCGUCGGGGGAAAUAACAUUAGCUUCAACCAUCGACUACGACACGGAGACGACGUUUUACACACUCGCCGUAGAAGCCACAGACUCCACAACCACGGCCACCGCUACAGUUAAGAUAACAGUCACCGGUACAAACGAGGGGACGCCAACCUUCGCCUCCAACCCGACUGUUUCCCUGGCCGAGAGCUCCAGUGUCAGUACCGCAGUGACAACCUACGCCGCCACAGAUACGGACGCCUCUCCUCACGACAUCACUACGUACGCCAUAACAGCAGUCACCAACACGGGCAGUCCCUAUUUCUCCAUCGAUGCGAGCACUGGCAGUAUAACGCUGGCACAAACUCUUGACUACGAAACCACAACAAGCUACGAGAUCACAGUCACUGCUACUGAUGGAGGAAGUCUAGUGGGAACUGGAACAGUCACAGUUUCAGUGACAGAUGUUAACGAUAACAUUCCAAUAUGUAGUCCCUCUGCAUACAGCUCUACCGUAUCCGAGUCCUCUUCAACAGGUACAACGGUAACCACUCUGGCCUGUAGUGAUGGCGAUACUGGAGAUACCAUUACUUACUCAGUCGUCAGCGGAAAUGUUGGCAGCGAUUUUCGCAAUUUCUGCAGCAGGAGUAGUGACACUUCACUCGACUAUGACGCUGGAACUCAAGAAUAUACUAUAUUAUUUGGUGUAUCUGACGGCACCACCAUCUCCACGGCGACCGUGGCAGUGACAGUAGGUGCUGCUAACGAAGCCACGCCCACUUUUGCAUCAAAUCCGUCGACGACGCUUGCGGAAGACACCGGAACCGGAACUGCUGUGACGACGUAUACUGCUGUAGACGCUGAUGCCUCGCCUCACAACAUCAUCAAUUAUGAUAUAACUGCAGUUACGAAUGGGGGCACUAACGUCUUUACAAUUGACGAAACUUCCGGCAAUAUUCAGCUGGCUCAAUCUCUUGACUACGAAAGUACCACCAGUUACGAACUGACUGUAGUUGCUACCGAUGGUGGAGGAUCAACGGGCACAGGAACUGUCACUGUAGCCGUAACUGAUGUGAAUGACAACACCCCUAUUUGUACGCCGUUUGCGCAUGUCCUUACCGUCCUUGAAAGUACAGCUACUAGUACGGCGGUGAUAUCCGACCUAUCCUGUUCUGACGGUGACGCCGGAACAACACUGACGUACACCAUGACACAGAAUCCGGAUAAUAAAUUCGGUGUGACCGUUUCCGGAUCUACAGCUUCCCUGGUCGUUAGUGCUUCCCUUGACUACGAGACGACGACAUUUUAUAACUUACAAGUGACGGUAAAAGAUGGCGGGUCUCCGGAGCUCACGGCUACAGUGACUAUUGACGUCAACGUCGGGGCUGUAGACGAGGGAACGUAUGCCUUGUCAGCUGGAGAGGACACUGCUGUAGGAUCUACGUUAGUGACCGUGACGGCUACAGAUUCUGUCGAUACCGGGGAUCCCAUUUCUUAUGCUUUCGUCGCUACUUACUCCAUGUUUGAGUUGGAUACGAACGCGGGAACCAUAUUACUUGUCACGAGUAUGGACUACGAGACGGCAACCAAUCACCAACUUCUCGUGACGGCAUAUGACGGAACAACUUACGUCACUGCGACCGUUACCAUCACUGUGAACGAUGUCAACGAAGUUGCUGUUUUCGGAUCUUCUACAUAUACACCGACAUUUGCGGAGAAUCAAGCCAUAGGAACCACAUUGGUGCAAGUGGCUGCUACAGAUGGAGAUGCUAGUACGUUUGGUACGAUAGCGUAUUCAAUUUCUUCCGGAGAUGGUGCCUCAUACUUCACUAUAGACUCUUCCACGGGAGCGAUUACCGCCUCAGUCGUCAUAGACUACGAAGCGAAUCAAUACUUCUCGCUGAUAGUACAGGCGGUGGACGGAGUUCCCGCUCUAACAGCCCAGUGCCUUGUCCAGAUCACCAUGACAGACGAAAACGACAAUACGCCCACUUUUAACCCAACAACGUACUCUGUCACUCUUUCGGAGGACUCAGCAGUUACUACAACUGUGACGACGGUUUCUGCAACUGACGCAGAUUCUGUAAGCAACAACAAUAACGUGUUUGAAUUCACCAGCACUUCUUCAGUACCGUUUACGGUUGGCACGACCACAGGAAUCGUAACAACAAAUGCUGUUCUAGAUAGAGAAACCACUGCCAGUUACGAGAUGGUGAUCCUGGCGACGGAUAAAGGCGCUACCCCUCUCACCGGGACUUCUACCAUAACCAUUUCGUUGAUCGACGUAAACGACAACGACCCCAGUAUAUCUGGUACUUAUGACAGCACGAUAGACGAGGACACCGCCGUCAACACCGUCGUCUUCUCAAUCACUGCCACUGAUUUGGACUAUCAAGAAAACAGUCAAUUAAGUUAUAGCAUUAAUUCUGGGAACACGAAUACAGACUUUAAGAUAGAGGUUGGAACAGGAAUAAUACAGACAGUUAAUGCUCUAGACAGAGAAACAACAGCUUCUUAUACAUUAGAGGUAUACGUUGUUGACAAUGGAGCGACACCAAGAACAGCUAGUGUUACAUGCACCGUGACCAUUGGUGAUCUAAAUGAUAAUACACCAGCAUGGACGGCAGCACCAUACACAUUCACAGUGGACGAAAAUGUAGCAACUGGCUCAAAUGUUGGUACCAUAGCAGCUACAGAUGCGGAUACAGGGGUUAACUCGGCGAUAAGUUACAGCAUAAUAGGUUACUGGUCGGGCGGUUCAAAUCCUGUAACUAUAGACACUUCAACAGGCGUAAUAACAACAAGCGCUAGUCUCGAUCGAGAGAGUGUCGACACGUACGUUAUUUGGUGCCGUGUCCAGGAUUCAGGAACGCCAGUAUUAUCUUCGGAUACUAAUGUUACCAUAACGAUAAAUGAUCUGAACGACAACGAUCCUACAUUCGCUAGCACGACCUACACCGCCACAGUGACGGAAAAUACAUCUGUUGGCACAUCCAUUACUACAAUGUCUGCUACGGACGCCGACACAGGAGUCAAUGCAGUCAUUGUUUAUUCUUUUGACACUUCUACAACAGCCGGUGCUAGGGCAGAUAUUUAUAUGACAAUUGGGUCGUCUACAGGUUUGGUUGAAGUAAAAGCCUCGAUUGACCGAGAGGUAGAUGCAUCAUUUACUGUAGUUGUUUUGGCUGUAGAUACAGGUACCACACCAAGAACCGGAUCUACAACUCUCACUGUCAAUGUGGGAGACGAAAACGAUAACUCCCCAAUAUUUUCACCCACUUACUACAACAGUGAGGUACCGUAUACAGGAUCAUGUAGCCCUACAAUAUUAAUACUGACUGCUACGGACGCAGAUGAGGGUGCCAACGCACAGUUGUAUUAUUACUUCACAACAUCUAACAGUGACUUUACUCUCGACUCCAGUACAGGGGAAGUAACUCGAUCGACAACACUGUCCAGUGGGAGAAUUUAUACUGCAUACGCAUAUUCACACGACGGAGGAAGUCCUCAGUUGCAGACUAGUACCAGCGCCACGAUGAGGAUCGAUGCCUAUACCCCGUCCCUUGUCGUAAUUUCGUACUACUUAGGGAUCAGUAAAAGCACUUAUGAAUCAACAGAGAGCACCUUUAUUAGUCAGCUGGAUGCUGUUUAUCAGGUGACAUAUUCAUCAGCCUCUGUCAAGCGAUGGUGCAUUGUCGAGUCAACUGGGAGUUCGAUCAUUGUCCAUAUGUAUGUGCUGCAAGACAACACGACGGAUUCAAUUAGCAAUAUCGGAUCACAGAAAGUCUUCCUCAGCGCAUCGUCAGCUCAAGGAUUUGUAGCAACAGACACAGCAGGCACCCCAUCAUCAAGUGUUAUUGGGACGUCCUGGGACCCGUAUGCCAUAGAGAAGAUCGUGUUAUACGAGACGACCUCGGCCGAUACCAGCACCCCUUGGAUACAGACAGCAACAGGAAUCGCAGUGACCACAGUUUGUGUCGCCAUUGGAGUGGCCUGUAUCACUAUGACGGCGAUUAUGAUUAUCAAAUACCUCAGGGCAAGAAAAACCGCUGCGAAAGCAGAGGCACCAAGAGCAGAGAUAGAGGAACCUAAUAACAGUAAAGACAACAGUAAUAAAAGUAAUAAAAGCUGGUCCGACAAACCACGCCCUCCUCCAUAUUCACGUGAAGGACGACGGGAACAAGCAAAGACAGCUGCUGCAGCCUCGGCGCUGACAAGCAAGAAUCCAAAUAAGACUGCCUUCGUGAGUGAACCGGGUGGAGAUAUUAACAGCUGGCAGAAAAAUAAUGAUAAUGAUUUUAUCGUUACAAACAGGAGUUUUGAUGGACGUGCGGUAGAUCAAGCUUCUGGCCAAGUUUAUGAAUAUAAUACAAGGACAAAGGAAAGACAAUGGGUUAAAACACGGGGCGGCACUCCAGUCAAAAUCGACAUCGGGAAAACUCCAGACGGAUUAGAUAUCUAAAGCACAGAUUAGAAAAUGCUAUACUUUUAUUAUUAAUAUCUUUGUUGAACGGAAUUGCCUAUAAUUAUAUGUCGAUGGAGUUAUCUGAUUUUGUUUUAGUAUUUUUACAUACAAUUCAUGUCUUUUAUUUUACUUUUGAUGAAUUAUUAUACAUGUAUUUUCUUUUUAGUAGAUUAUCUAUUUAGAGUUAGUUAUACUGAGGUUUACCAUCAAUAGUUAUUUAAUACUUUGUUAAAUGGUAUGACUUCACAGCUAUUUCAUUUAUUGUCAAUGACUCCCUAUCAGUAGUACAUGUUGUAUUACGUUCACCUCCACAAAAAGGUUGUGACAUUACCCUCGGCGUCUGUGUUGGCUUCUGCUUCAAACUGAUUGAUAAGGUCGAUAUUGUUUUAAAAGUGUUACCAUUUAGUCAAUAACGGUGCUUGGAUGUGGAAAUUUCACAUUGUAUUUUUGGCUGUAAGAAUAAUAAUAUGGGGUCAGUGAGGAUAAUAAUUCAUUAUUAUUUUUCAUUUGAUAACAUUUUUGGACUUCUUUAAGCCUGUGUUUCACGUAAUAAAAAGUGAGGGUUUUUUUUCUAUUCAGAAAAGAUUUGAAGCAUAAUAUUAUUGAUGAUGUAAAAUUUUCGAAUUGGAAGAAGAUCCACUAAGUAUUAUUUUUGUUAUUUUUUUAUUAUUAUUAGUAUUUUAUUGGAUUUUUUUUCUUUUUUUUUUUCUUCACAUUUUUUUUUAAACAUAUUUAAAACUGAAUUGCACACGUUAUAUCAAUAACAAGCAAUAGUACUGUGUUAUAACUUAACUUGUGUUAAAAAUGUACAUAAGAUGUUCCCUAUUAUAUUUUAUCAUACACGUUUAAAUUAAGUCGCUAAUAAUAAUAUUACACGCGUAUGCAUUGUACCCACACGAGUCCGCAUCUAGUUAUAUCAUUAUCUAUAAAAAAAAAAAUAUUAGCCUCUACUCCUUUUAUCCUCUUAUCUUAUAACUAUUUUGUCUGUAUGUGUAGGGGCUAUUAUUUUUUUCUUUAAAUACUCGACAGAUGCAGACAACUAUGAGUGUACCAUUGUAUUUAGUUCUAUUAUGGAAAAUGUCUAAAACAUUAAUUAAAAGUAUUAAAAGAUUUGACAAAAAGAUAUUUUGCCAAAGAUGUUCAAUUAUAUUACCACUCAGGGAUGUUCUUUCAUCGCUACAUUUACAUCAAAUCAGUUCCUAUUUUAAGUCAUGCAUAUUGUUAAUGGCUCUAUAAAUAACAUGCUACAUUUUCAAUAUAUAUCCCAGUACCUUACAUAGUAUGUUUGUUGAUUUUUGUUAAAGUGCUUAUAGGUCUGGUUCCUUACAAAUAUGAACGAAUUCUUCUUAUCUGAAUAAGAACACAUAGUUCUCUAGAAAGGAAAGUUAUGAGUAGAUAGUUAAAUCUAAUCCUUACAGAUAACCUGGUUUAUUAUACAAGAGACUCGAAAGUGUGGUUUAUGUUUACUUUGUCCAGUGAUUCACUCUAAGAGACUCCAGUGUCACUUCAGCAGUAUAUUCAUAUUUGAGCUCUCGCCGAAUUUUAUUGUCAUUUUUUCAUUUUCAUUUUCAAAUUCGGGAAUGACGCAUAAAUAUUUCAUUGUGAAAUACAGAUGGUAGAUAUUUAAAUAAUGAUUAGGGUUAAUUUUAUUUUCAUUCGACAAAGAUACACGAUUUCUUCAAAAUGUUAUUUUAACUGUGAAAAAAGGCCUACUCAGGAAACAAUAUAUAUUUACAAAUUGUCUGUCAUUUCCAUAUUACCAAACGCGUCGAAGUAUUGUGCUAUGUAAUUUUAUUAAACAUCUUAAGUGCCAUGAUAUAAAUCUUGUUAUCUCGUUAACGAAACUGAAAUUUUAAUAUUCCGACUGACUUAAGUUACUACAUCUGAAGUAUUAAGUAUUCAAAUAACAUUUUAAGUUCAGUUGGGGGAAUAUUUUGAAUCAUUAUUAAAUAUUUCACUUCAUGAGAUGUAUCUUGAUGACAAAUGAGUAACAAGCAAAACAAUUUCAAAAAUUUCAAUUUUAUUUUUUAAAUGCAAGUCUGCUUUACAAAAAAAAAUUCUUCAUUUUCAGUACAAUAAAAACUAUUGUUUUAACCAUAUUCAUAUUGAGGUUUUGUAGUUAUGUAUGCAUGAUUUCUUCAAAAAAUGCUGCAAUUAUUUAUAAAACAUGUUUAAGAUUAACGGAGAAAUAAAAAUAUAUCAUGGUUGUGAAGCCUAUUUAGUUCUAACGUUAAGAUUAUUACUCCCACUAGUAAUUGCGUCACAAUUGGUAUGCAUGAUUAUUAAGUAAUUAAACAAUACUCGGAAAUACACUUUACAGCUUCGUAGUAAUAAUUUGAGACAUAGAAAUCGAGUUAACUCGUUACAAAGAAAGCACACAUUGACAGGAUCAGGAGUAAACACUUUAUUAGAUAGCACGUGAUGUUAGGGAGAGCUUGUUCACUAUUUUAUACUUAAAAGUUGAUCACGUUUAACGUAAAUUGUUAAUUUACUGUUAGAUGUUAUAAAAUGCGUAGAAAAUGAUUAAUGUACAUGUAUGUAUUAUGAUCUGGUGCAAAUAUGAUGUCUUGAUAAGGAUAUUAUUUAUAAUUAAUGUUUGUUAUAGUAUAUGCAACUGUUCAUGUUUGAUAUCAUUAUUUUACCGCUUACAUAUAUUUGAGGUCGACAAUGUUCUAACUUCCGUCCAAAUGUUUUAUAUUAUUUAUUAUCUGAUUUGUUUAAACAAAAACGUAUUUCUCUGUUAUACCGUCAUCACUAUAUGAUAGAGUAAAACGAGGGGAAGUAACUCGAGUAGAUCAGAAUGUUACCGUAUUGUAAACUUUUAUUGAUUUUACAGCAAUGCGAAACAAGUUAUAUUAACUUAUAUUAGUCACUCUUGUUGGCUCGGGUGGAAGCUCGCAGGAGUCUUACUGUGGGAGGGAACCGGAGUACCGGGGAAAACCCACGUGGUCGGGCAGGUGACCCCCAUAUACCUUUCACGAGCGAUCGGGGAAUCGAACCCCGGCUGCCUAGGUGAACGGCAAGUGUGUUACCACUGUGUCACCCGUCCAGAUCAGAAUAUUAAAAUGCAUAGUGUUAGUUCCGCUGUAGAGAAACGUUCAGUACUAAAACGAGGCAAACAUAUGCUGAAAUAGAGUGGCUACGUCGGAGACAGACUGUUAAAUUUUAGUUUCUUUGUUUCUGUUAUUUUAUUACUUGUUGAUCCUCAAUUUCUACCUGACCAGACGUCUUUCAUCAUGGCUCUGUGAUAAAAAUAUUAGUGUGUGUUAAAUAAAACUGA